AUGUGCAAGUCGCAAUUCCAUGAAUUUCUGGCUGCUCUGCCGAAAUGCGAGCACCACCUUCAUAUCGAGGGCACUUUUGAGCCCGAACUCCUGUUCGAGCUGGCAGCCAAGAACAACAUCACUCUGCCGGCGGACAAAGAUGCGGCUUUCGCCUCAAUUGAGGCCUUGAAGGCCCGGUAUUUGACCUUCGCCAACCUGGAUGACUUCCUGGGGUACUACUACAUCGCCAUGUCGGCCUUGAUUGACGCAGCAGACUUCGAGGCCUUGGCGUACGCAUAUUUCAGCAAGGCGGCCUCCCAGAACGUACGGCACGCUGAGGUGUUCUUUGAUGCGCAGGUCCACACGGAGCGAGGCGUGGCAUUCGAGACGGUUGUCACUGGUCUCAAAGCGGCCCAGAGGCGGGCGGAGAAGGACUUCGGCAUCACCACGGAGCUCAUUAUGUGUUUGGUCAAGCAUCUCCCGCUUCCUGAUGCCAUGAAGACCUUUGCACACGCCCGGGAUGGUGGCUUCUUCGCAGACGGCACGCUUCUCGCCGUGGGUAUGGAUUCAUCUGAGGCGCCCUUCCCUCCCAAGAUGUGGACUGAGCUGUACGACGCCGCGAAGGCGGCCGGUAUCAAGAGAACCAUCCACGCGGGAGAGGAGGGACCGGCCGACUACGUCGUCCAGGCACUAGACCUUCUCGACGCUCAGAGAAUCGAUCACGGCCUGCGGUCCUUUGAGGACGAUGCGCUGAUCAAGCGACUGGUAGAGCAGAAGACCCUGCUCACCACCUGCCCAUUGUCCAACCUGAAGCUGCAGUGCAUCAAGUCGAUCUCCGAGUUCCCCCUGAGGAAGCUCCUCGACUCGGGCGUGCGCUUCAGCAUAAACAGCGACGACCCCGCCUACUUCGGCGGCUACAUCCUGGAGAACUACUGUGUCCUGCAAGACACGUUCGGCCUGACGGUGAAGGAGUGGGAGAGCAUUGUCACGGGUGCGGUGCUGGGUAGCUGGUGCAGCGAGGAGAGGAAGACGCAGCUGCUGGCGGAGAUUGACGGUGUCAUCUCCACCUGGAGCGCCAAGUUGGGCGGCCAGUGA